UUUGAUUUCCCAAUUCUUGAAAGCCAUAUCAGAUUCAAGCCUCCCAUACUACCUUUGGGUUUGAUUUCCCAAUUCUGUAAGACGUCGUUCACAAAUAAUCUCAAUCACCUUAGUCGCACGCCGUCCGCCACACUCGGCCCUCGCCAUCCACCGCCACCCGAGACUUUCCGACUCUCGUCUCGCCGAAAAUCUAAAAUUUUCCCCAAAAAGUCACUCUUGCUCGUCAACUGGAUCCCCAACAAUCUGGCAAGUAUGGUGUCGAUCAUUAGUCUAAGCAUUGAGUUUGACCGAGGUGAUGAAUUAUAUGCUACACCUGGUGUAUCACGUUGCAUCAAGACUUUCGAGUUUGCAACGGUACUUGAUGGACCAGCCGAUGCGCAGUUCCCUAUUGCAGAAAUGUCAACACGAUCAAACUAA